AUGUCAGGUGAUUUGGAAGAGUUCGAAGAUAUUCUACAGAGGGAUUUCAAUCCAAGACAGUUUGCUAACGAUGUUUUAAAGGCUACAAAUAACGAUUCGGACCAUUUUCAAUUGGACAUUGAGACCUCCAUAAAGAAGAUUAAGUACGAUAUCAGGGAAGUAGAAUCUAGAAUCGACAAAACCAUCGACACGCAUCCAUGGGCCGUUUUGGAACAGAUUGAUAAAACAAAAUUAGUCAAUUCUACGCUGGAAGAAGGGCUCAAACCAAGCUUACAAUAUCUGGAUUUAUCAUACGGUAGAUUACAGGAUGAAGUGUUAAUUCCUUACGAAAAGGCUCAGAAGUUGCAAAGUGCAUUGAGUAAAGUACAUCAAACUUCCACUCUUCUUAGGGAUUCUUUGAUUUACAUUCACCUUCUCAAUAAAAUUACCACUUUAAACAAUUCAAUGAAAACAUUAACUAUGGAUAACUCAAUACAAUUGGCAUCACUAUACACUCAGUUGCAGUAUAAUUUAGAACAGAAUCAGAAUUUGAAAUCGUUGAAGGUCAUUAAAAACUAUGAAUCAAGUGUAAUUCAAUCAAAUAAGAAGAAACUCAUAGACUUCCUCGUUUUAACUCUAUCAAAAGAAUGUUUAAACACUUUCAAAUUACAGAAUAACCAGCAAACUAUAGCCAAAUUAUCAAAUGCCCUGUUUCUAGUGUCUCCUCAGGACUUCACAGCCACAAUUCAUAGAAUCAUCUUGUCUAAUGUGGCCACAAAUUCUCAAAUUUUACAAAGAACGAUAAACUCAAUAAAGAAUUUCAAUGAAUCGUUUAAGGAAGUCGUUAACAAGAGUCACGAUAUAUUCAGAUUGGAGCAGAUAUUGUCUAGUGUCAAAACAGACAAUAACAGUAAUAUUUUAACGGAAUAUUCAUCCCAAAGGAAACCAAAAUUCUCAACUCCAAGAGAAUUGUUUUGGUCCAAGAUUUCAUCCAAUUUCAAAAAGGAUUUAGAAGUUUCCCUCAAUAGGGGUGGUCCAGUUGGUAAAUCCCUGCUCAAAAAUAAAGACCUCGUCUUCAAUUCAAUCAAUGAAUUAAUGCCUUUAUCAACGGAUAAUAACGAUUAUCAAAAUGAUCUGAAAAUAAUGCUAAAUUCUGUGUCAGCUCUUUCCAAGCAACAGUCUUAA